AUGACCACCCUCACACCCCUCCAAUCCCGCUGGAAACAUCUCUACCACACCCACCUCCCCGCUCUAGCCAAAACCCGCGCCCCAGCCCAACCCACCUGGCCCGUCUAUCUUGACCAUUGUUUCGCUCGCAUCGUUCUCGACAAUGCUGUCGGAAAGGACAAACCUUGGACGGAAGUUGUCAAGGCGCCGGCGAUUAAGAACAUGACUGAGGCGCAGCUGGGGGAUGCGAUUCGGUUGGCGGAGGAGGUUGUUAGUGGUGAGGCGGAUUUGGUGGAGUUGGAUGAGAGGAGUUUGCGAUUGAGGGGGAAGAAGGGGAAGAAGAGGAAGGGGAGUGUUGGGGAGGAGGGGGAGGGGAGGGGGAAGAAGGGGAAAGUGGAGGAUGGCGAAACGGCUUCGGCGAGUCAGAAGGCAGCGAUCAAGAAGGAAAGCAAAGUCGAAGACGAGGAAAAGCCUCCAUCGAAAACCACGCCCAUCGAAGAAGAAUGA